AAUGGUAUCUCCCGAGAAUAGCUGCUCUCCCCCCCCCCAUCCACAGGAAUGGAUCCUUCCGUGUCUGAGACUCCACACCAGAGCGUCUGAAAAACGUCUUGACGUCACGGGUCACAUGACACUUUUCGCCGGGUGGACGCUGGAAAGCAGUGGCAGAGCUAGAGCGGUAUGGCUGGGAGACAAUGUAUCAACCGGGGGGGAUAAUGUAUGGCUGUAACAUGUGGGGGGGGGGCUCAGUCAUACAGUAUGUGUAUAAUAACACACAGGGAGAGGGGCUCUGUGUAUAAUAACACACAAUGAGAGGGGCUCUGUGUAUAAUAACACACAGUGAGAGGGGCUCUGUGUAUAAUAACACACAGUGAGAGGGGCUCUGUAUAAUAACACACAGUGAUGGGGCUCUGUGUAUAAUAACACACAGCACACAGUGAUAGGGGCUCUGUGUGUAAUAACACACAGUGAGAGGGGCUCUGUGUAUAAUAACACACAGUGAGAGGGGCUCUGUGUAUAAUAACACACAGUGAGAGGGGCUCUGUGUAUAAUAACACACAGUGAGAGGGGCUCUGUAUAAUAACACACAGUGAUGGGGCUCUGUGUAUAAUAACACACAGCACACAGUGAGAGGGGCUCUGUGUAUAAUAACACACAGUGAGAGGGGCUCUGUGUAUAAUAACACACAGUGAGAGGGGCUCUGUAUAAUAACACACAGUGAGAGGGGCUCUGUAUAAUAACACACAGUGAGAGGGGCUCUGUGUGUAAUAACACACAGCGAGAGGGGCUCUGUGUGUAAUAACACACAGCGAGAGGGGCUCUGUGUGUAAUAACACACAGCGAGAGGGGCUCUGUGUGUAAUAACACACAGCGAGAGGGGCUCUGUGUGUAAUAACACACAGCGAGAGGGGCUCUGUGUGUAAUAACACACAGCGAGAGGGGCUCUGUGUGUAAUAACACACAGCGAGAGGGGCUCUGUGUGUAAUAACACACAGCGAGAGGGGCUCUGUGUGUAAUAACACACAGCGAGAGGGGCUCUGUGUGUAGUAACACACAGCGAGAGGGGCUCUGUGUGUAGUAACACACAGCGAGAGGGGCUCUGUGUGUAGUAACACACAGCGAGAGGGGCUCUGUGUGUAGUAACACACAGCGAGAGGGGCUCUGUGUGUAAUAACACACAGCGAGAGGGGCUCUGUGUGUAAUAACACACAGCGAGAGGGGCUCUGUGUGUAAUAACACACAGCGAGAGGGGCUCUGUGUAUAAUAACACACAGCGAGAGGGGCUCUGUGUGUAAUAACACACAGCGAGAGGGGCUCUGUGUGUAAUAACACACAGCGAGAGGGGCUCUGUGUGUAAUAACACACAGCGAGAGGGGCUCUGUGUGUAAUAACACACAGCGAGAGGGGCUCUGUGUGUAAUAACACACAGCGAGAGGGGCUCUGUGUGUAAUAACACACAGCGAGAGGGGCUCUGUGUGUAAUAACACACAGCGAGAGGGGCUCUGUGUGUAAUAACACACAGCGAGAGGGGCUCUGUGUGUAAUAACACACAGCGAGAGGGGCUCUGUGUGUAAUAACACACAGCGAGAGGGGCUCUGUGUGUAAUACACACAGCGAGAGGGGCUCUGUGUGUAAUAACACACAGCGAGAGGGGCUCUGUGUAUAAUAACACACAGCACACAGUGAUAGGGGCUCUGUGUGUAAUAACACACAGCGAGAGGGGCGCUGUGUGUAAUAACACACAGCGAGAGGGGCGCUGUGUGUAAUAACACACAGCGAGAGGGGCGCUGUGUGUAAUAACACACAGCGAGAGGGGCGCUGUGUGUAAUAACACACAGCGAGAGGGGCGCUGUGUGUAAUAACACACAGCGAGAGGGGCGCUGUGUGCUGUACCCUAAACUAUUUAUUGAACUCUUUUCCUCCUGGUUACCCCAUUUUGUUUCCUCUAGCACUCCCUCUCUCAUACUUGGGGACUUCAAUAUCCCUAUCAACAAGCUCAACUGCCCUGAUGUCUCUCGUCUGCUCUCUGUAACCUCCUCCUUUGGAUUCGCACAGAUUUCUUCCUCAGCAACUCACAAUGCAGGAAACACUCUUGACCUCAUCUUCACCAAUCUCUGUACCACCUCUGAUCUCUCCACUGUUCCAUUUCCUUUGUCUGACUACCAUCUGCUAACAUUUAACAUCUGCAUACCCCAUACCAAAAUUUCACCACCAUCAACUCUCCAACCUCGCAGAAACCUCAACUCCCUCGAUCUCCAGCACUUCUCCACCAAACUCCAAACACUCCUUUUACCCAUCUCAAAUCUCAACUGCCCUAACUCUGCAACCUCACUCUACAACUCCUCUCUCUCCUCUCAACUUGACAUCAUGGCACCUCCUACAGUUAACCGCACCAAGCGCCCACACUACAACCCUGGCACACCAAGCUGACCCGUUACCUCCAAAAAUGUUUCAGAACUGCUGAACGCUGCUGGAGAAAGUAUCACUUUGCAUCUGACUUUGUCCAUUAUAAAUUUAUGCUGCGCUCCUACAGCAUGGCUCUUUCCUCUGCAAAAGUAAACUACUUCAACACCCUCAUAAGCACACUGUCCCAUCAACCCAAACACCUGUUUUACACUUUUGAUGCUUUUCUUCGCCCUGUGACUCCCCCUCCUUCCACCCCCUUUUCCGCCACAAACUUUGCAUCUCAUUUCAUUGAGAAGAUCUCUACAAUCAGGAAAGAUAUCUCUAAUCUCUCUCCUACCCCUAUCAAUACAUCACCCAACCCCACUCUCCCUGCCAUCCUAUGCUCAUUUGCACCUUCUACAGCACAAGAGGUUUCUGCUCUGCUCCUGUCCUCCCGCCCCACCACCUGCUUCCUCGAUCCUAUUCCCUCGCAUCUCAUCCGCACUUUGUCUCCCUCUCUUGCGCUUCCUCUCGCUAACAUUUUCAAUCUCUCCCUUUUCUCUGGCACAUUUCCCUCACCCUUCAAACGUGCAACCGUAACCCCGAUUCUGAAAAAGCUGAACCAUGAUCUCAACUCCCCAUCCAUCUCGCUACUGCCAUUUUCCUCCAAGAUCCUCAAGAGAGUUGUGUACGGCAGAUUGACAGACUUUCUCGAAUCCAACUCUCUGCUUGACCCCCUUCAGUCUGGAUUCCGCGCUGGUCACUCUGUCGAAACUGCUGUGACCAUAGUAUCCAACGAUUUAAUUUCUGCUAAAUCUCGCGGCCAAUACUCUAUCCUAAUCCUCCUUGAUCUUUCUGCCGGCUUUGACACUGUUGAUCAUCAACAGCUUCUUCACAUUCUCCGUAACUUUGGUCUACGGGAUACUGCUCUCUCCUGGUGCUCCUUCUACCUCUCCCAGCGCUCCUUCAGUGUUUCUUUCUCUUGCUCUGCCUCUUCUCCCCAACCCCUCUCUGUCGGCGUUCCCCAAGGUUCUGUCCUAGGCCCCCUACUGUUCUCUAUCUAUACUGCCUCCCUUGGUAAACUCAUCAGCUCCUUUGGCUUCCAAUAUCAUUUAUAUGCAGAUGACACGCAAAUCUACCUGUCCUCCCCUGAUCUCUCUCUGCCCACCUUGACUCGUGUUUCUGACUCCCUCUCUGCAAUUUUCAACUGGAUGGCUGCCCACUUCCUUAAACUCAGCCUGUCCAAAUCAGAACUUCUAGUUUUUCCUCCCUCAAGUGCUGCUACUCCUGUGUCUGUCUCCAUCCAAGUCAACGGCGCUACUAUCACCUCUACCUCGCAGGCUCACUGCCUAGGGGUUCUUUUUGAUUCUGACUUCUCUUUUACUCCUCAUGUCCAUUCGAUAGCCAAAUCCUGUCGCUUCCAACUCCAGAACAUAGCGUGCAUCCACCCAUAUGUAACGCCGGAUGCGGCUAAGGUACAGGUUCAUGCUGUUGUUCUCUCUCGUCUUGACUAUUGCAAUCCCCUUCUCACCAGUCUUACAUGUUCCCAGCUUGCACCGCUGCAAUCUAUAAUGAAUGCGGCUGCGAGGCUUAUUUUCCUGUCCGGUCGCACCUCCCACUCCUCCACGCUCUGUCAGUCCCUGCAUUGGCUUCCAGUUAGAUAUAGGGCCCAAUUCAAAAUUCUGGCGCUUGCUUACAAAUCCCUACAUAAUGCUGCUCCAACAUACAUAUACUCCCUCAUACACAAGUAUGUCCUGUCGAGACCCCUGCGUUCAGCCCAAGACCUACGCCUAUCCUCUGCCCGGAUCCCCACCUCUGCUCGCCUUCAAGACUUCUCCAGAGCUUCACCUAUUCUGUGGAACUCCCUUCCCUCUUCAAUCAGACUUUCACCCAGCCUCCACUCCUUCAAAAAAUCUUUGAAAACUCACUUCUUCAUUAAGGCGUAUCAAUUAAACUAUCAUCGGGUUUCUCAUCCCCCACCCCAUGACUCCUUUCCUGCAACUGUCAAAAAUGACCUACCAAGCACUCAAUAAACACUUCUCUAACAAACUAUUUAAUUCCCCUACUUUAACCCUUUGUGUCACUAUACCCCACUCCCUCUAGCAUGUAAGCUCAUCGAGCGGGGCCCUCAACCCCCUCUGUUCCUGUACGUCCAGUGGUCUUAUCUCAAUUAUGUGUCUUUUAGUCCACCCAUUGUAUAGCGCUACGGAAUUUGUUGGUGCUAUAUAAAUAAUAAUAAUUAUUAAUGAGAGAAUUACGGAGACUGCUGCAUGAAUUUCUAAUUUAAGACCAAAGUAGCCGAACUGAAAACAGAAUUGGCUUGGAGAAGUUUUCUAUCUUGGCUAUAUUGGCCUAUAUAAAAAAAAAUAAUCGUUUAGAAUGUAUCAAUUCUCACUUUAGCGACUAACCCUGUAUAACAUAUCACACUAUAUUGUGGGACAUUGUAAAAUUAUGACAUAUUUCACCAUGCAGCGUUCCUCUGUGACAGCAUUGACUAUAAUAGGUUGUAAUGAAUAAUAUAUUGUUUAAUUGUAGUGAAAAAAGGUUGUGCAGAAGACAAAACCAUGGAUGAAGAACCUGAAAAAACAAAGCGCUGGGAAGGGGGCUAUGAAAGAACAUGGUAAGCUUUUAAAGAGAACCGACAGUAGCAAAAAUAACAGUAAUUAGCUUCCAUUUCCAUAAGAAAAUAGAAAACACAUAGGGGGCGCUCUAAAAUGUGUGAAACCAAAGAAAUAAAGUAAAUACGUAUUUACUUUAUUUCUUUGGUUUCACACACAUUUUAGAGCGCCCCCUAUCUGUUUUCUAUUUUCCUAUUGUAUGUGUGUUUUUAAGUGGUUUUUAAACACUGGGGAAGUCGCUAUCUAGAACACCUCACUUGCACUUUGUGUGUUAAGGGUUUGCUGUUCCCUUUCUAUAGCUUCUCUUCUGUCCAAUCACCCUUCCUUCCCCCCAUUGCUGAUUAAAAAAAUAAUUAAAAAAAAAAAAAAUAUAUAUAUAUAUAUAUAUAUAUAUAUAUAUAUAUAUAUAUAUAUAUAUAUAUAUAUAUAUAUAUAUAUAUAUAUAUAUAUAAAAAUGAAAGUUUAAAAGAUUACUUACCUUGCUUCCAGUGCCAAGAGGAUCACGUAUUAGUGUUGUUUCUGUUGCUGGAACACCUAUAGGGAGCACACUGGACUUUGCCAUAUUGGCUUUGUAGACUGAUAUUGCUCCAUAAUCCCCUAGUAUCUUCUGCAAGGCCCCCAUCGAGUUCACCGGGUCAGUGAGCACCAAGAGCACAUCAUCCGCAUAGGCUGAGACCAAGAAUUCUCUCCCUCCCACGUUUACCCCCCUUCACUUCUGGGUGUUGCUCUAGCACCUGUAGUAGAGGUUCUAGCGAUAAGACGAAUAAAAGGGGAGAGAGGGGACAUCCCUGCCUAGUCCCAAUGGAGAGUUGGAAAGGGCGUAUCAAGGCCCCUGAAAUUUUCACCUGUGCUCUUACAUUGCUAUACAUGGCUCUGAGCAAGGCCAUAAACUGUCCCGGGAAACCCAGGUGCUUCAGGAGCGUAAACAAAUAAGGCCACUUCACUCAAUCGAACGCUUUUUCUGCGUCAAGCGAUACUAGUAGCGUUGGGGUCCGAGUGACUGUCUGCUUCCAUAUCAGGUCCAUGUUCAAAUAACUGUCUGCCCGGUAUGAAGCCUACUUGAUCCGCAUUGAUCAUAUUCACUAGGAAGGGGUUAAGCCUGUCUGCUUGGAUUUUCGCCAGUAUUUUCAUAUCAUGGUUUAUUAGGGAUAUGGGCCUAUAACUUUUGGACAGUAGUGGGUCCUUAUCUGGUUUUGGCAGUAAUACUAUGGUAGUCAGAGACAUAUCUGGGUUUGGUGUGCCUCCUGUCCUAAACCUAUUGAAUACUGUAGUUAAGUGGGGUGUGAGUAUGUCUUGAAACGUCUUAUAAUAGCUACCAUCGAAGCCGUCUGGUCCAGGAGUCCUAUUCCCUUUUUAAGGCAGUGAUUGAUCUAUCUAUUUCAUCCGGGGCCAGAGUUUCAGCAGCUUCCUGUGGCAACUUGGGCAGACCUAGGUCGCUAAGGAACCUACGCGUUAAGUCUUCUUCUCUUGCCGUCGAUGUCCCUGAUGGACUUCACUUUAAUUAUCAUUGCCUUCUCUUAGAUCUACAGCAUAACAAGAUGUGUUUUAAAGGAUGAGCUCAAUUAACUUUUUUUUUUUUUUUUCUUCUCAACCUAUAUAACUAUAUAUAUUUACAUUAUUUCACAUAGAAUUAUCUGAGUUUUAUUCAUUAAACAGCAUAUUGCACAGUUUAAAAAAAAAAAAAGUGCAGAACUUGAGCCAGGGCUGGCUAAGAAUGGAUCCCCAAUUGUUGUAGAACAAUACCUUCUUAUCAUGUAUUAUUAUUACAUUGCUCAGCACUUCAAAAAUUGUGUGCAUUUUUGCAAUUUUAUUGAUUUUGUUCUCAUUAGGGAAGUGCUGAAGGAGGAUGAAUCUGGAUCUCUCAAAGCCACAAUUGAUGAUAUUCUGUUCAAAGACAAAAGGAAACGGUAACAGCUUUAUUAAUUAUAACUUACUGUAAUUUAUUACAAUAGUAGUAGCCAUAGCAAAACUCCAAAACCACUUCAACAAAGUUCUAGAUCUUACCUGUUCAUCUUUUUUUUUUUUCUGAACACAUUUUGUAUUGGGGAAAAUUCACAGACCAUGGAUAUUCCAUUGCUGCAAACACCCAAUAUUUGUAUUCUGCUACGGUUCUUAAGUACACUGUUACCAAAUUUGUAUACCUUUUCCCCCAAUCCUACCCCUAAUAUGUUCCCUAAUCCAACCCUUAAUCCAAGAUGAAACAUUGCACAUCAAAACUCCUACCACGAUGACCACUUCAAAAAGCAGAAGUGGUCAUGGUGGUUGGAGUAGCCUUUAAAAGCCUGUUUAUUAUAUAUAUUUUUUUUCUUUUACAAUAGAUAAGUGGAUAUUUUUCCUUUCCUGUGUAUAACUAAUGUGGUUAGUUCACUUUCUAUUCAAGUUGUUUAGUCCCAAUUCACUUGUUUUGUUUUCUUAAGAGUCUUUGAACAACGUGGUCAAGUGCGACUUGGAAUGGUAAGAGUUGGUUACUUUUUAAUAAAGAAAAAAAAAAACUAUCCAUUAUAUAACAUUCAAAGGGAAAUUCAUGUAACUGUCUUUUUUUUAACGUUUACAUUUUUAUGUUAAACAAGAUUGGGGAAAAAAUUGUGCCUGUGUUUUGUUGCCCCAUGGUCAGUCUAUGAUGCGUAUAUAUGUCUUCCUUCACUAGAUGCGCCACCUUUAUGUGAUAGUCGAUGGAUCAAGAACGAUGGAAGAACAAGAUCUGAAACCCAAUAGGCUCACGUCUACUUUAAAGGUAACGAGGAACUGGACCACUAAAGUAAUUUUUUAAUUUUUUCCCUAGCUGGUCAUUUUAGCAAGCCUUCUUUGUAUUUUAGUUUGUUAAAUAGCCCAAAUAGAAAGGGAUAUUACUCUGCACAACUCUGCUAUGGAAAAUAUCCAACCUGUUGAUCCAUCCAUCUACUCUUAGCAAAGAUGUUUUUUUUUUUUUUUUUUCAUUAGUCUGCUCAUGGCAUAAUUUAUGUAGUCUUGUAUUGUCAUUUAAAUAUAUGGUGGUUCUUGCAUUGGUAGAAUUUUCUGCACAAAUGUUAAUCUCCAUGCUAAAAUCUGCCAGAUUGUUAAAUAGCAGAUUAAAAUUGCUGAUAGUUGACUGUUUCGCUACUUUUUAAAAUGGCUCUGUCCAGUAGUGGUUUUUGUUUUGUUUUUUUUUGGAAGGGGGCAGGGGGGUGAGAGCACUUCCCGAGAUGACAUACCCACUUAAAAUGCAACAGCACAGGGGAGAAUCUAAAGGAAAAUAUACUUACCUGAAUAUCUCCCAUUUGGAUGCUGCCAUCUUCUUGUGGGUUCUGUCUUCGGCUCUUGAUGCUUUAUCCACUGGGAACCUGUGUCAGUGCUGUUCUUUUGUGCAAGUAUAAAAAUACAAAAGAGAGCUCUAUAACAGCGAUAGAUGGAUCCUCCAUAGAACUUAUAGAUGCUCAAAAAGAUGCCUUUUCCCACGGCUAUCAGAAGCGAUGGCUGCUAAAAUACAACAAAGGAACCUUUCAACAAUUUGGAUCCAGUUUAGAGUUCUCAAUAAGGCCAAGUAGUCCCUACUUCUUUUGACUGAGUUGGAAUUUCAGUUAAAAUCCAACACAUUCAUCGUUAGUCUUCAUAGAAUAUUAAAAAGUUGCUACUUUUAAUGUUAUGAAUGUAGUUGAUGCAUGAUGUUGCUUCUUGAUUAUGUCUAAUUCAUACAUUUUUGUUAAAGUGCUAGUUAUAUAUUUUUUUUAAUCUUAUUUUAUGACAUGCACCUUUAAAACCUAUAUUAUUUAUAUAGAAGUUGCUAGGCAGGUUUAUAUGUAUCAAGGUUAAUUUAUGUACCUCUAUGUAUAAUAUUUUUCAAGCAUUGGCAAUGAGCUCAAAUCUGGUAUAGUAUCAAUCCAGCUAUAUCUGUUUUGGGCUAAAGGACUUCUCUUGCAUUUGAGGCUUUUGAUUCUAUAUUAUGCAACAAAAACAUAUUUCAUACAUUGGUAUUAUUUUAUUUUAGCUGCUAGAAUACUUUGUGGAUGAAUACUUUGAUCAAAAUCCUAUCAGUCAGGUAAGUGCUGCACCGCAGUUUGUAAAACACAUUUUUUUUUUCCCUUCAUUUUUGGUAAAUGACAAAACCAUAUUUAUUUUUGACAUAUAUUUUAUUUAUAUUUGUUUUAGAAAACUCUAGCAUUGGGAUAUUAUUGGGUCACAUGUACAUUAUAACAAUUUUUAUAAAAAAAAUUCCAUAGCUUUAUAAUGCCCAUGUACAAAUGCUAAUAAUCUAUUAAAGAUUUGUCACAUUGUAGUCAUCUUGUUGUGCCUUGGCUCCCAGUCCACCAGUCACUUACUCUUCUGAGUUUUGCAACGUCUGUUCUGCUGCUGUUUCUUUAGUUUAACGUAUAUGGCAGUCUCCCUUGUUCAAUUACCCUUGUAUAGUGUCUGAUAUGUUUUGUGUGUAAGUGCAAGCAUUUAAAGAUGUCACACAAUAUCCUAGUAAAUAUGGCACUUUGAGAAUAUUGUCUGUUAAUGUUCAGUUCCUGCUAAAAUAAACCCGUGUGCCCCUGCAAAGGCAUCUGGCACUCUUGGUAUUUGUUCCUGGAUCCUAGUCUGCUUCCUUUGAUUACCGUGCUACUUAAGAUCUAAGAGAGUUUAUAAACAUGACUUCAGUCAGAUCCAAGUCUCAUUUGCUUUGUACUUUGGAUGAAGCAGACAGUCUACUCUCUGACUCAUCCUUGUUUGUCAAUAACGUGUUAUGUUAGAUGCAGCCAUUUCAACUAUGCCAUUAUUCUGUCAUCACACAGGUAUAGUCAUUAAAAUGAGAAUUCAAGGUGAAUUCACAGACCAUUUCAAAUUUAAGGUGAAAUGAAAAUAGCUGAAAUGGAAACAUUCUCUCUUAGCUAUGAUUUAUUUCAGCUUCUCUGGCCUUAUGUUUAAAAGUAAUUUUGAGUUCACUUUUAGGGUUAUUAACUACAGUCAGAAUUCAAAGUAAUUUUCAAAUUCUACGCCAAAGAAGUCAAACUUGAAGUUUGGCUUGAAGUUAAAGAUUUUCCCAAUUCAGCUAUUUUUCAUCUUAAACUCAAAUUCUCACUGUAGUAAAUAACUGACAGUUUCAAUGCUCUAAUCAAGUUACUAAGAAUUUCCCCGCUAGACUACAUUGUUACCUGUCUUAGCAUUGAAAUAUUUCUUUAAAAAUAGCUGUGAUCACCCUAAUGUCUAUCUUCAUAAACUUUCAGUUAAGACUGAGUUCCCUCCUCCUUUUCUAGAUCCUGGUCUCGCCAUGCCUCCAAACAGAAUUCCUAGUCAUGUCUGACUCUGCCAUUUUCUCUGGAAGCCAAACGUGUGUGUGUGUGUGGUCCCAAUAUCAAAAUAGUACAAGGGCUCAUGGUUGUCAGAUGAAUAUUCUCUUGUCACAAAUAGGUCUUAUUCAUUUCUUUAUUUUUCCAUCCUUUAUUUAAACUUGAGUGGUAAACAGUACCGUGCACAAUGACAAUAAGUAAAGCAGUAUUGUGGCCACAGUGGUGACUUCAUUGGCAUUGUUAAUAAAACAGAGGUCCUAGUGACCACAAUGCAAGUAUACGAAUAUUCAGGGUGAGUGAAACAUUAGUACAUUGCAGUGAGUACAAGCCUUUGGGUCCUAUACAAUGGAGACCUUUGGCAAUAGAUGCGACUGAGUAUCUCAAGUCCCGUCUGUGGUAUACAGCUGGAUAUCAUCGUUCCCGGGUGGUUACCCACUGGCUGUGGAGAUCGUAUGUCAACUUUGUGGUAUCCAUUCAUUAAGUAUUUUACCGGUCUGGGUGAAUGCCCGUCCGGAAUGUGUAAGAGAAUAGAAGGUGGAUAAGUGGAAGAGUAGAGGGUGGAGAAGAAGUAGAAAGAGAGAGGUUCAGCACGAAACGGGGUUCGCCAAGAGGACAGAGGUGAGGGGUGGUGUCCGGGCAGCCCCCCUGGAACCCAGCAGGCCGCAGCAGUGGACAGGUUAGGUCGACUCAUCUAGGAAGGAUUUCCACAGCUCCCACUCCCUCUCAAAGGUUUUUAGCGUACCUCGGACCUUGGCAGUCAAUUUAACCAUUAAGUGUGUAUCUUUUAGUUUUAAUAUGACCAUGUUGAUGGAUGGGACCUCUGACCACAGCCUGGUUUGAGCUAUUGACCUUCUGGCAGCUAGGGCAAUUUUUUGCAUCAGUUUUUGUUCUGGUCUAGUCCAUAUCCAUCAAGCGGCCUAGACAGUAAUAGUACUGUCCCCACGGGUGAGGCGUCAGUGGUCUGUGGAAGAUGUUCGUUAUUAGGUCGUUUAACUUUUCCCCAAAGCGUUUGUAUCCGAGUGCAGUCCCACCUCAUAUGUUUGUACGUGCCUCUCUGUCCGUAUAGUCUCCAACAUUGGUCUGUCAGGGUUUUGUGCAUGUGGUAGAGCUGGACCGGGGUAGUGUACCACCUGAACAUUGUUUUGUACGAUUGCUCUUGCAUCGUGACACAUAUCGAGGUCCGACUGUUAAUCUCCCAGAUGUCUUGCUACUUAGUUCCUUCCAAUGUCUCCCCGAGUUCUGCUUCCCACUGGUCCGUGUAUCGCAGACCCCCAGUCUGUAGUGUUGAUGCAUAAGUGUGAGUAUAGACUGGUGAUGAGGCCCUUUUGAUCUGUUUCUUUUCAAAGAAUGUUAGCUGUGUCCGGGCUGCUUUUUUCAUGUGUGGAUUUUGGGCAAAGUCCCUGAUCUCUAGAUACCGAAAAUAGUCAAAUAGGUCUUAUUCUGUAGCAUUGGGAUGUUGAAGUUCCAAAGUCAAAGCCCAUAUUAUACAUGUUCGAGCCCAACAUUAUUAUACAUUGUGUUUUUCUGUUCAUAACUAUAGAUAAACUCCUUUUUCAUUUUUUUAGUUUUGAAGUAACUCGUGAUUAAUUUUUCUCUCUUUAAUUUUUUUUUUUUUUUUCCUGGACUUGCAUUUUUCAGGUUGGCCUCAUUGUUACAAGGAACAAACGAGCAGAAAAACUGACAGAACUCGCUGGUAUGAAACUUGUCCAUUUUAAAUCCUGCUGAGCCAGAAAUCCUGUGACACUGUAAUCCAUCAUGUUAGUUCUUUUUAAUGCCCAUGCUAUUAUUCUAUUUUUAAAGAUUUAACUGUUCAUUUAAGCAAGACUUUCAUCUGAAACCAGAGAUGAUAAACAAAUGAGAACCAAAUACUGGAUCGUGAAACUCCGUACGAUCCUUUAAUUAAUGCAGCAACAUUAUGCCACUGAUUGAGUAAUAUGUGUGAAUAUGUGUAUGACAGUGAGGCUACGGUGAUGUUGGAUGCAAAUUAUAGUGAAUAAUGGCCUUUACAAAUCCUGUUACUCAUAAAGUAAUUCAGGAAAUACAAAUCUGCAGGUUUUUUUCUAAUUGUAUUUAUUUAUUUUCUCAUUCCAAUCUCGCCUGUAUGAAAUCCAAAAACGUGGCACAUUCUGAGACUGUUCUCAGAGUGCCUUAUAACAUACGUUAUAAUAAUCGUCCACACAGAUCAUCUCAAAUGUGUUUUAGAUAAAUUUAAUAUUGAAUUACAACAGUCCUUACUUCUUUAACCCCUUAGGACACAGUUUCAGAAAUAAAAGGGAAUCAUGACGGAAUAUUACCGUCAUGUGUCCUUAAUGGGGUUAAUAUAAUUAGGAAGAAAACCAAAAAAAGUGUAAAGAUAUACUGUGUAGCUUGUCUAGAGAUGUAAGUGGCAAGACAAGGUAUUGUGAAUCUGUGGCAGCAUUGGUUUAAUAUCUUUCUAGACACUGUAGGUACUGCAGACACCUGGUCCACUUUUCUACUAAAUUUAGUGCACAAGUAACAGUUGAUCUAAUGCACUUUGUCUCAGCUGGACUCAUCCAUGGCAUGCAACUUAAGAUCUGGGACAAGAUAAGUUUCAUUAUAUUCUGCCGCAGGGAUUAAGAGUAGUUAUUUUAAUCUUCCAAUCUUCAUGUUAUUUACUGCUAUUACAUGUUGCUUAGAAAAGCUUACUAAUGGGGGAAUGACAGUCUUUGCGAUCACUAAACCUUUUACCUUUUUCCAGGGAACCCCAGACAGCACAUAACUGCCCUGAAGAAAGCUGUAGAUAUGACCUGCACGGGCGAACCAUCCCUCUACAACUCAUUAAACCUAGCACUGCAGACAUUGAAGUUAGUACUUCUAGUGUCCAGUAGCAUUUUACCAUCUUAAUCAUUUACUGAAUCAUUUCAGCACCUUGCCUUAUGUUUCCUUGAAUGUGAUUCUUUAUUGUAUGUUCCUUUACAUGUGUUGGCUGUUUGACUUGGACAAUGUGGAGGUUAAAAUUGUCUGAUUGUGAGCACAUAUAGUUUUGGUGUGUGUUUGAGAUUUACAUGCUUUACUGUUGUCCUCAAUAUAAAAAUGUAUAAUUUGCUUGGUAUGUGUUUUUUUUUUUUUUUUGUUUUGUUUUUUUUGUUUUGUUGAUUUACUGCUUGAUUCAUAUUUGCAAAGUGUUCUAAUUUGAAUGUGCAAUUUCAUACAGACACAUGCCGGCGCAUACGAGUCGAGAGAUCUUAGUGAUUUUUAGUAGUCUGACAACUUGUGAUCCUUCAAAUAUCUAUGAACUAAUAAAGGUAAAUGCCUUAAAGAAACCAAGGAUAUCUAGCAUUGUCAGUGCAGUCCUAGAUUAUGGAGAAUGUGACUUCUUCUUAUACUGUCCUUAUAAGUCUGGGUUUCCUUCACACAAAGUGACUAGGGAGGGGGCUUUUAAGAUAAAAUGCAGACUAUUGUGACUUAUUUUAUGUGUUUUUCAUAUAACUGUUUUAGUUGCCCUCUAGUUUUUUAUUUUACAUCUACCACUAAAGUAUUUUUUUUUUUUUUUAAUAGUAAUCAGAAUAAUAACUGCAUUAUUUUAGAAUAGCCACAAGUAGCAAUUUCCCAAGUUUGUGCAUUGACUACGUGUCAUAACUGUUUUAAGAAGCAAAUUUCGAUUUAAGGGUAGAGUAGCGCAACCUGAGUUAUAAUGUAAUGGUUGAUCAUAUACAGCAGCAGACAUUUUAGAGAACCCUGUCUAAGACAGACCAUCCAUGUUCUUUGGAACGACUAAGAGAUCUUCCUCUUAACCAGGGCUGAUGCUUUUUCUUUGUAGAGCUAGAUGUUAAGUACGUGGUGUUGCCGUCCAUUUGAAAUGUUUUUGUACAUUGACUGACUAUACGUUGUCUUUGAUUUCCUUGGCAGUGUUUGAAAGCCAGCAAAAUCAGAGUGUCUGUCAUAGGCCUUUCAGCUGAAGUUCGAGUUUGCACUGUGCUGACAAAAGAGACUGGUGGUGAGCAGUAUAUUCUAUGAAAUACGUCUGAAGCCUGUUUGAAAGGGAAAGGAAGAUGGGUGUGUGUUCAUGGAACACUCCAGGUGUCACAGAACUGCACCCUUCUUGGUCUCAAAUCACCCAUAUUCUAUCAAAACAUUAUGACAAUUGUAGUAUUUCAUCACCUGGAACACAGGACCUGACAAUGUGAAAAGAGACGUCAGUAUUUUUCAAAAGAGGAAAGUUAAAAAAUAUGUCUAUAUGGCAGCCGCUGGUAAAACUAGUAUCUAAAAAACCUUAUUAUAAAGGAAAAUGUUAAGCCAGAGGGGCUAAAAACUAAAAAAUGAUGUGAAAUUGAAAUGUUUUUAAAGUAAACUAGUGUGCUGCUUAAAUCAGGUUAAUGUUUAUAUAACAGAGUUCAAAUAUUGAAAAAGAAAAAAAUUAAUCUUGCCAUGCACCCUUGCAAAUAUUUGGUUUAGUUUACACCCAAGGUCAUUGUGUAUUGUAGCACGAUGACACCUUGCAUCUCUUGUGUUGAAGAAACUAAAAGACAGUCCUUCCUCUUGUUAGUUUGAAGUUUAUCAUUGGUAUACCCACCAAUACAAGUUCAAAGAUGUCACAUGAACACAAUUCUUGUAUUGAGAGAUCUGACAAUGCUUUGCCUGUACUAGUGCCAGGAGGGAACAUGCUGGAGAAAUGGAACAAUGUGGGGAAGAUAUAAUUUACGUUAGUCACAAAAACAUAGUACUUUGUAUAAACCUACAGAGGAAAAACAGUAAUUAAAUGUGGGGGAUGUUUUAUCGUUCCAUUACUUUAUCUAUGUGUGCAUUGUUGUGAGUUCUUUUCAUGUGUUGCUUGUGUUUUUAUUUUAUAUAGGUGUCUACCAUGUUAUUUUGGAUGAAAGUCACUACAAAGAACUCCUUAUGUAUCAUGUGAGCCCUCCUCCUGCAAAUAACAGCUCGGAGUGUUCUCUCAUCCGCAUGGGUAAGCAAACUCUUCCUUCCUUUUUUUUUUUUUUUUAAUGAAAAAUUGAUCCAUGGUGUAAUUUGUAAAUAUGACUCUGGUGAUUAUUUUAUUCUGUAUAGCAUUGAUGAUUAUUAUUAAGUACGCCGUUUCAGAUGAUGCUCAUUUUGUUUUCCUUUUUCUAAAACGGUAUUUGCCUUCACAGGGCAAAACCUUUAACUCAGAAGUUGUUUCUGCAUGUUUUCUUUGACAAUAUAUGAAAAAGCCGCUUGCAAAAGCUGCAUUUCUUGGCCCCAAAUUUACUCUUUAGGCAGGACAUUCAUCUCAUUGAGAAGCCUCUCUGCAGGAGACACGAGCGCACACAAAUUCGGCCUUGCUCAUAGAGAAGACAGGCACAUUCUAUUCUAAAUUGUCAACACAAAAUGACAGACUAAAAAACACAUAGCACAUCAUAUUUGAAGUGCUCUUCGUGUCUGGAGUGUUCCUUUGUGGAUAUCCCAUAAGCUUCUACCCAACACUUAGCAGCAGUGUCAUUCACGACACAUUUAAAGUGCUGGUCUAGAUAAUAGAAACUUUGUUUGUGUUUUGUUAAAAAAAGGAGCACAACUCUAUCAUGCAAAAGUUCUUUCAUCUAAUAACCGUUCAUAAGCCAAUAUAAGAUUUAAGUUGUGAUUACGUUGCCAUCUUUCUUUGUAGGCUUUCCUCAGCAUACACUGGGUUUUCUCUCCGACCAAGACGCAAAACCAUCUUUUAGUAUGGCGUAAGUGUUAAACAUUCAGUUUUGUUCAUACGUGUUAACUGUUUCUGUCAGUGGUGUUAUUUAGGCAAGCUGUUAGCACGCAUGUUUCUCUUACUGCUUCUUCAGUGGAAGGUGCUCGUUUUCAAUAAUUAGAGGUGAUGAAAGAUCUUCUGACUUGAGUGCAUGUUAUUGGGGUCCAUUCUGGAGCUUUGAAUGACUGGAUCCAUCUGACAGCAGGUGUGAUUUUCAGACCGGUUCCAUUGAGGAAGCAAUAUCUACUCUUAAAGGUUUACUCGAAGCACCAUGACCACUUUAAGGAUUUGCAGUGGUUAUGGUGCUUUGAGACUGAAACAAUACACCUUCAGAGAUAUAUCAGCAUUCUGGCAGAGGAUGAAAGUUCUAGGUUGGCUAAUGUUAAUUCUAUGCGUACUGGGUGUCUCUUGUCAGCUCGACCCUCUAUCCUGCCCCAGUCCUCUCCUCAUCCUCUGGGAUGUUCCUUUCCCUGCAGUGAUGGGGAGUGACUUCACUGAAAGAGGAUCAAGUUGCAGGGAGAAGUUGACUUUGGCACUGGAUCGAAGAAUAGUUUUUUUUUUUUUCUUUAUCUUUUUUAAUCUUUUUAAAGUGACAGAGGCCAGCAAGGUUUACUCUAUCCAAAACCGUGUUUUUAUAAUAUACUGGUUUUGGUUUGAGUUACACUUUAGCUACACAUAUUUAAAAGAUAAUAAAUAAAAAUAUACCAUCUCAAAAUAAUUUUCUCUUCAUCAAUAUAAAUGAAAGAGAAAAAUAUGUGUGUAAUGUGCAUGAAUAAUGUACUCAUGCAAACAUAACAAAUUCAGGUAGAUUAAAUUAAUUUGUUGAAAUAAAAAUCAAAACUGUAUUAGUUCACUCAAACCAGUAUACAUUUUUUAAUUCAAUUAAAUUAGCUACAGUGUAUUAGUUCGCUCAAACCAGUAUACAUUUUUAAUAAAAUUAGCUACAGUGUAUCGGUUUACUCUAACCAGUAUACAUUUUUAAUUCAAUUAAAUUGGCUACAGUGAUUUUGUUGUUUAACUCAGGCCCACUGUCAUUUAUUAGUCAGAUCACUUUGUUUAUGCAGUCCUUGUUUCCCCUUCCCUGCCUGAGACUAAUAUAACCUCCCUACACACUUAUAUAAUGAUUUUAAAUUUAUUUUACUGUGUUUGAUUUAGAAUUUCUUAUCUCCACCUCUGUUAAAGGAUCACUAAGGUCACCCAGACCAUUUAAUUUCCAUGAAGUGGUCUUUGACUUGCAUUUUUAACCCUUUUGUAGAAAGAACAAUGUUUACAUUGCAGGGUCAAACACACCUAUAGUGGCUGUUUUUCUAGAUAGCCACUAGAGGUCCUUUUGCUGCACUAGCAGAGUAAAAUGCAAUGCUUUCCUAUGAGAAGCAUUUGAAUGUACGCACUGAAGCAGUUUCCAAUAGAGGAGCAUUGGACUGGCCAUCAGUUGGAGACACAGGAAGUGGAGGGGCUCGCAGGGCUGUGGGGGGGAGGAGGGGGCUAAAACAAAUCUGUAGGUACAGCUCACCAGAGCUAGGAAUACAUGUCUGUAUUCCUAACACUAUAGUGUACAUUGAGUUGCCUGCUAGAGCCUGCAACAGAUUAGAGUUCAAUUAACAGAACAUAAGAUAAUUAACUUCUAAAGUAAACACACUGUGCUUUAAGAUUUGGUUGAAAACUAAACAUUUUUUUUCUAUGUUGGCAUUGUGAUUCACAGGCAAGGUAUGGGUAAAAAAAAACCAAAACACAUGCUUCCUUGAACUACUUGAGUGGCCAGACACAUUUUAUUACUAUUUCCUCAGUUUUUAUUUAACAAAGUUUUGGCUGGUGUUCAAUACAGUAGGAAGAAAUAAGUUCAGAUCGGGAUGUAUGAUACCCUUUGACAAAAGCUCUGCACAAUAUACAUGUUUUGUAUGGUUUUCAGGCACCUUGAUAACAACACUGAUCCAGGCCUGACAUUAGGCGGUUACUUCUGUCCACAAUGUAAAGCCAAGUACUCUGAACUUCCUGUGGAAUGUAAAGUCUGCCGUAAGUACAUACAGAUCCUAUUUUAAGGUCUGCUGUGUGGAAAUCUUGACUUUUCCAGAAUAGAAAUAACAUUGAGUGAAAUGAGUCAUUUGUAAUCGGUACAGAGUAAAGGAUCCAUCAUUAUUAAACUAUUUGGAUGUCUGGCGGGCUAAGCAUUAUAUGGCAAUAUAAAUUAAAUGUGGUCCUUAAAAGAGCGUUAAUUUGAUUACCUAAUUAUUUAAUUAGUACAUUACCAGUUCAUUGGGUCCCUGCAAAAGAAACACUGGAAUUUGCCACAGCUUAGUCUGAAUUAUGGUGGUUGCUUUCUCAGUGCCAAAGUUCUCUUGCAAGGUUCCUUCCUUUUUUUUUUUUUUUCAUACCAAUGUGCUCCACUACAAAAUUGACGCUUUGUAUGCUAUAGAUCCAGAAUACUUUACAGGUUCCAGUAUAAUACAGAGAUAUGUAGUUUGAAAUGUCAGCUACUGUUGUCAGGGCUGCUUUAAUUGAUUUCUUUACUAAAGCUUAAAGUGGCACUGUCACCGUCUCUUGACUUUGCAUAUUUUGUAAAGACCACAGACAUGAAGCUACUACUUUCUCGCAUGCAUGAGAUUAUAGCCGAGAGGUCUAAGAAGGAUCCUGCGAGACCUCGGGAUCGACCAUAGAUGGAACCAGUUUCCCUGCAGUAGUCACUGGUGAGGGCUGGGGGGAAUUGACAUUUCCAGGCAGUGGUCGUUCCAUAAAGUGUCAGGCGUAGGAAAAAUACUGAGACAAAGUAGUCCCUCAGUGACUAGUCCCUACUUUGUCUCAGUACAUCUGUUGACUGGGUUGAAAUUUUGGUAAAAUUCCAAGACCGUAAAUAUGAGUUUCAUAAAGAUUUUAUCUUUAUGAAAUACUAAUUUUGCAGGGGGUGGCAGAGGGUGUGUGACCACGCUGUUUUAAAGGGACACUCUAAGCACCAGAACCACAACAACAACAACGUAAUGCAGUUUAUCUGAUGCAAAGUGACUGUGCAUGCACAUUAGAUGGAAAAGUAAAAAAUAUAAUUUAACGGAGACUGAAUAUCUAAACAUACAUGCUUGUAUUUGUAAAGUUAGAGUAUUCUUUUAAAUUGGUUACAUGCCUGUAACUGCUUAAUUUAAGCUUAACAUAUCCAUGCUUGAUACUCGUGUAAAGAAUUUAAUUAUUUUUCAGGUUUAACCUUGGUGUCGGCCCCUCAUCUUGCUCGUUCCUACCAUCACUUAUUUCCACUAGAUGCAUUUAGUGAGGUUCCCCUGGAGAAGUAUGAAGGAGAAAGGUAAUUAUUUUAUACUGUAUUCUUAAAACAUUAUUUAUGACAACUAGGCAAAACUAAGGGAAGUUCUCUAUCCAUUCCAGUCGAUUCUAACUCUAUUGAAAAUUGUAAGCAAUUUGAAAUAAUAUGUUACUUCCUUGAUUGAAGGUACUGUCGAGCCUGUGAUGGAGAUCUGAAAGAUCCACAAGUAAGUCCUGUUCACUUAUCUUCUCAUGUAACACAUUACAGUCUGUAUGAGGAAAUCAAAUGCUUUUAUGUCAUGGCAGUUAAACUUCAUAAUAUCCGUAUGGGGAGAUAUGGUCUUCUGUACUGCACACUUUUUAUUUCUUUUUUCCUAUAUCCUCUUUUUUUUUUUUUUUUUUUAAACCUCUCUCCUUCCCGUAAUACAUUUGAGUUCAAAAUCCUUGUUUAGGAUAUCGUUUUAGAGACAUUAUAGCAACUGUUUAAAUAACUUUUGUCAAGCUCUUGAUAGUUCUGAAAGUUUGACUGAAAUAGUUCUGUCAUUUUACCCCUGGUGGAAUUAAUACCUUGAAUUCUUUAUUGCCCGGAGCUUUGUGGAGUUGUAAACACCAAAUCUUACAACAUAAACAUUAAACUGGCCAAGAAACACUUCCACCCCUGGUCUGUCUAGUAGACAAGUUGCUACUGGAAAAAAGACUUGGUAAUAACCCCAAAAAGUUUAUAUUUUAGUUUACAUUGUUGCACUUGAUCCCAUUUAGUUCCUAUGUAAACCUUUGGCAAUUGGUUGAACUCCAACUCUGACUAUUCUUAGUAACGUGACUAAAGUCAGGAUAUUGUAGUUUAUCUUGUUUAACAAUGCAAUAUUGCCUUUGAUGUCCGUCAUUUCAUUUUUAUUGUUAAAGGGGGACUAUAGGCACCCCUUCAUCGCAAUGAAGUGUACUGGGUGCCUUUCCUGUUGUGUUUAACUCUGCAACUGAAAACAUUCUGCAGUCACUAAUGUGCUUCUGUGGAAAUAAUUGACUGAAACGUGGCUAUUUUAAUCAGAUGGUCUCAUAGCGAAACACUUUGGUUAUUGCAGUGCUGUGUUUUGCUGCGCAUGUGCAUUAUUCCCCCCAGUACUUUUGUAUGGGAAGCAAUUGGAUUGGCUGAGAUUCAUACACUGAUGAUCUCAGCCAAAGAGGCAAAGCUUCCCCAUUGAGACACGCGUGGCGAGGGCUCAUAGGUAAGAAAAACUCACCCUUCUAACCUUCACACGGCAAGGGGAACAUGAAUACAGUAAAAAAAAAAACGAUAGCAUUUGAAAUACAAGUUUGUUCCUUUAAAUCGUAAUUGGAUGGUUGCAUUUAGUGACUGGUGACAUCUUUGUUUUUCUUUUCAAUGAAGGUUUAUAUUUGCACAGUUUGCCAGAGCGUCUUCUGCGUAGAGUGUGACCUGUACAUUCAUGAUUCUCUUCACUGUUGUCCAGGAUGUAUCCAUGCGCAACCCAGUUCUGCGAUGUAAUGAAGGCUGCCUUACCUGAAAUGUUCAUUCAAACUGGGGUUUAUUCAUUCUUGUACAUAAUGUAGAAUAUUUAGGAAGAAGACAAGACUUAGAAAUAGAGCAAUCCUUGUUGCAAUCACAGGAAUGUUCCUGCUAAUUGCAUUGCUCUAAGAACCUCUGUGUCAGUGACAUGCUUGUAAAUCUCUCCCAUUAUAUAUUUUUUUAAUUUACUAUUUUUAUAGCAAUUCUGUAAGGUGUGUUUGGGUAAAUUGACCAUGGGCUAAACUGACAUGGAGUCAGUUGAUAAUAAAAUUCCAGUUAUGCAUUGUGUUGGCACUUUAUAGUGAGUCCUUGAAUCAGUCACACAAUACCUGUACCCUCUAAACGUCAAUUUUAACAACCCAUGUUCUACCACCUUGGAUUUCUUUUCUGGUGACCUGCUUCUAGGACACAAGAUCAAAGUUCCCAUAACUUGCAGCGCAAGCCUAGCAUUAAACAUGCCUGUGGUGUGUAAAAUGAACUCAUGGCAUUGUACACUCUCAUGUAUUUCAGCAGUGCUCCGUGCAUGGUGAUCUUCCAGCAUUCCAGGUUAAUACAGUCCCCAGAAGGGCCUUUGCCAAGUGCUUCCUCUUAACAUACCUCCAACACUGCUCUAUUCCUCAUGUGCUUUACUGCCACCCACUGUUGGGAGUUAUAAAUGUCUAACAAGUACAUAGACAUUGCACUUGUUACACUAGACAUUGUGUAAUUAAUUUGCAUGCAUGGUGUGCACACAGUCAUAUAUGAACUCCAAUGCACAGGCUAGGAAGCAAACAUCAGGUUAGUAUAUUAUUUAUGUAUACAUUCUCUGGCAAUUUUUGCUAGCACAAUUAAAAUAUUAAAUUAUAUUUUAGAACUGAAUUGAAAUAAUGUAUUUGCUUUAACAUUACCAAAAAUGUAAAGUUUUAUUCAAGACACUUUUCAAACUGUGGCAUAUCUCUUCACAUUAGAGUUCCUUUAGCUCAUGUUUUCUACCAUUAUGCUGCAAUGAUCAGGAAUGGAUUCAUGUACAAAUUGAUCCUGCGUGCAUUUCAUUUGUUUUUCGGUCAAAUGUAUACAUUGCAUUGAUCUUCCUCCCACGGAUUUGAUUGGAAGCUAUAUGCACCUAAAUAUCUGUAAUUUGCCUUAAAAUAUGAAGUAAUGAGUAGUGUUUGUGCCACUGUAUCCCCUUGUUUACAUCAAUUUGGUUUCCAAGAAAAAUAGCUAAUGCACUAAAAAUAAAUUGAUAAUUCAGAUGUCGGCUUUCUAGUGAAAGCGUUACAGCUUCUAAUUUGUAAAAACAAACAAAGCUAUUUGUGCAAGAUUUAUUUAUAAGCCAGAAAACAUGUUCAUAGUUUGCAGCUUUCUGAUAUAAACUGAACAUUGUGCAGCAGACCUAAUGCCUUCAUUCAUAGCUUUGUGCCAGGUUGUAGGUCUUUGUGCAUUGUACGUGUGACUUUAUUCAUGUUUUCCUUUUUCAUGGAUGAUAUUAUUGCAGCAGUUGUGAGAACUUUCUCAUUGAGAUCAAUGAGAGCGCUCAAAUAACCUCUUGACUUAACUUUAAAGGAAAUCAAACAUGUACUCCUGACCCAUCUGGUUUCUGAAUGAUGAGGGUCAAGCUUCCGCGGGCUGAGUAUUUUAAACUGGACCUGUAUGACACAUUGCUGCAUGUUGUGUCACAUCUUCAUCUGUAGCCUGAGAUUACAUGAAUUUAAAAAAUAUAUUUUUUGAUUUCCCCAAUCUCUUAUACAUUUACAACUUUGUACAGUAAAAUAUUUGUAUCUGAUGUAAAUAAAACAGUUUGUGGUUUUUUUAAUUUA